AUGGUUAGGAUCAGUAAUUUGUCUGAUGAUUUGCUGUUGAAGAUUGUUUCAUCACUUCCUACCAAAAAUGUAGCCGCCACGAUGCUCUUGUCGAAACGAUGGAGGUUUCUUUGGACGAUGCUUCCAAAGCUUCAUUUUAAUAAUAAUCAUGAUUAUGGUUCGGAUUCAGAACUCCAGCAUUCCGAAUAUGAGAAGUUUGUCAAGUAUGUGGACAGAUCAUUGGUCUUGAAUAGAGCUCCGGUUCUAGAAACUUUGAAGUUCAAAGUUUGUCCUUGUUGCAGCUCUGAAGAUUUGGCAACAUGGAUCAGAAUUGGAAUGGUUCGUGAAGUGCGUGAACUUGAAAUUUCUGACUGGUCAGAGGAACCCUUUAUACAUGGGAGAAGCUCAAUCGUAUUGCCAAGGAGUCUUUAUACUUACGCGAAGCUGGAGGUCUUGAAACUCGCUGACGUGGUUGUUCUUGAUGUUCCUACCGAUGUUUUCUUUCCAUCCCUGAAAUCAUUACACCUUCAGUGUGUAGAGUAUGGGUCCGGAACCGACGGAUCUUACCGUACGCUUUUAUCAGGCUGUCCUGUUCUGGAGGAGUUGGUGUUGGACGCAUGUGAUAACUUCGGUUUGCCACCCUUGUCUGUUGAUAUGCAUACCUUACAAAGAUUAUCUAUACUUGGUAAAUUUUAUCCGGGCAACGGCAAAAGAUUAUACUAUACGGUUGUGUUCAAUGUCCCGUCUUUGAAGUACUUGAAGUUUGUUGAUUGUUAUGGUGACUUGUGUUUGUCUAGGAAUAUGCCUGAGGUGGUUGAGGCAAAUGUUUGUGUUACUCAUCAAAAUCGUGAGAAGCUGCUGGAAUCUCUUACAUCAGUCAAGCGCCUCUGCUUGUGUUUAGCAGCGCCAAUGCUUCAGCACCGGAUUGGAUUUUAUCAUCUUCUUCAUUUGGAGCUAUGUGGAGGUUAUGCAGGGUGGUGGGAUCUGCUAACUUGGAUGCUCGAAAGUUCUCCUAAACUACAGCUUCUCAAGCUCUGCACGUGCAACCAACACGUGGGGGCCGAACCCAUUGAAGGUCAUUGGAGAGAACCAAGUUCAGUUCCUGAAUGUUUGAUGUUCCAUCUACAUACUUUCAAUUGGAAACCUUACAAUUUAGAAGACGAAGAGAAGAAGAUAGUGGCCUACAUCUUGAAGAACGCAAGAGAGUUAAAGACUGCAGGUAUCUCUAUGUGGACGAUGGACUAUUCAAAGAUACUGCAAGCUCAGAAAUUCUUGGUUUCUCUGCCUAGAGCUUCAAGCUCAUGUCAGCUUAAACUGAAUGGAGUUGUUCGAACAAAAUCUAGAAGCAUUGCGUCUAAAGAUUAG